AUGUGUCACCAUGAUCCACUGCAUGAUGCUCCCACAACACUGCCAACGUGCAAUCGCAUGUGUGCCCCACGGCCCCCAUGCACAGCAUCAGCGUUGAUGAACGUCAAGACGGCGCUGGGCGUCACCGCCACCGACUGGGCGCCUGCCUCCGUCUGCACGGCUCUUGGCAGUUCCGGUGGUGGCGGCUUCACCGGCCUUCAGUGUGACGCUCUCGGCAACCACUGCUACCAUGCUCACUCAUUUCUUCCUGUCUGGCAAUGCACAACUACUCUUCGGAUUGGGAUCCUACUCUCGCUCACCUUCCUCUCCUCCCUCCCCCUCCCCCCUUCCUCUCCUCCCAUGCGCAUGGCACUGGGCGGGGCGCUGCAGCUCACUCAAGUCAAACCUCUUCAAGGCGCGUAUGGACGAGUUGCGAGCAGGAUUCUCUCGCUGCCCAACCUCGCAGUGCUCCUGCUCGACUUCAGCUGGUUCUUUGGCAGUCUGCCUCCUGCCCUCGUCGCCAUGCCCAAGCUCACACGCCUAGGCUUGUCAUACGACUACCUGACGUACCGAGUGCCACCGGUUGCGGCGGGGCUCAAGGACAUCGACAUGGGGUUCAACUUCCUCUCUGGCUCCUUCCCGGCCAACUCAGCCACGUUAUGUGGUGCCAACAGCAACUGCUUCCAGGCCGCCACCACGUGCACCACCAAGGGCACGGCGCAGUGCAUCACGGGGUGCAACUUUUGCAAGUCCACCAACGCGCACGGCAUGCUGUGCUAUGGCCGCGACGUCUGCACCGUCAACACCUCCGUGCCCUUCGCUGCCGGCAUGCCCAAUGCUUUCGACAUUGUGUGCGGCUUUGCCUCGCCCGUCAUGUGUCCCAACGACUGGCGCUGCACAAAUUUGCAGUGCAUCAUGAACUUUGUCAAUUGCAUCGGCUACCUCUGCGUGUAG